CUUAAAGUUAAAUUUAAGAAAGUAAAGAACGAUGGUAACACCUGUGAGCACAUUUAAACACGAGCCACCCUGUGCUGCAAAUUGUUUUCCUUUUCGUGCAUUUUUUUUAUUUAUAAACUUAAGAAUGGAUGCGUUGGUACGUGGCGAAGCUUCCGAGUCGGAUGAGGAUACGUCGGCUUACAAUACUCAUAAGAUUAUCGCCCCGGAGGUGUCCAGUGAGGCUACAGAGUCUGAUGAAGAUGUCUAUGAACAACAUAAAAGUCUGAGCACUGGUUCGAUAUAUCGGAACAACCUGUUACAACGCAAGCUGAUUGAGAACAACAUUGACAUUUGGAAGGCUUUAGGCGGAUUUACAAGAAAUUUUGUGGUUACUGCUUCAAAACAGCUUCUUACAACCGAUCAAAUGCUAAUCAAGUCGCAGGUUUAUAUGCAAGCGGCACACACGGCACUACAGCAGGCGCAAGGGAAUUCUGCGCAGCUUCAAAUAAAGCUGAGGGAUGCAUUCAGCGGUAGCUUUAUUCCCAUUAUAAACACCAAUAGGGCUUUAAACUAAAGGGCGGGUGUUUAUUAAUAAACGAACAAACUAAGCUAA